AUGGAUUGUUCAGAUAAACAGGAACCCAUUGCUAUUGUUGGUGCCGCAUGUCGCUUUGCUGGCGAGGUGUCAUCCCUUGGCUCUCUAUGGGAUAUGAUCAGCAAGGUCAAGACCGGCCACUGUACAGUGCCUGGUGAUAGAUGGAAUAGCAGUCACUGGUAUCAUCCAGACCCGGACCGAAAAGGCAGCAUCGGUUCACAGCACGGAUACUUCCUUCAACAAGACAUCAGCCACUUUGACGCCCCUUUCUUCUCAAUAACGGCCAAGGAGGCGGCCGCAAUGGACCCGAUGAAGAGGCUAUUGCUUGAAGUGAGUUAUGAAAGUUUCGAGAAUGCCGGUAUCCCGGUCGAGGAUUUGAUGAAUAGUCGUACGGGUUGCUACGUUGGCAGCAUGAGAAACGACUACGAAAUGAUCUCCACGCGCGAUUUUUACGACAUCAGCCAUCCGGCAGCAACUGGUCUAAGCGGAGCAAUGACUGCUAAUCGUGUGUCAUGGUUUUUUGGUCUCAAGGGCCCAAGUAUGACGCUUGACACAGCCUGUAGCUCGUCGCUAUACGCUCUUCACCUUGCAUGUCAGUCGCUUAGGCUGAGAGAGACCAACAUGUCGCUCAUCGCGGGGGUUAACCUUAUGAUUAACCCCAAUACUAUGAACCAACUCACCGCAAUGCAUAUGCUCAGUCCCGAGGGCAUCUCGCACACAUUUGAUGACCGCGCCAAUGGGUAUGGCCGUGGAGAUGGUAUUGGCGCUCUGAUAGUCAAGCGUCUAUCAGAUGCUAUUCGUGAUGGUGACACCAUCCGCGCCGUGAUUCGUGGUACUGGUGUCAACGCCGACGGCAAAACACCCAGUAUCACACAACCAAGUUCCGAGGCACAGGCCGACCUCAUCAAUCAAACCUAUACCGAUGCAGGGUUAGAUCAGUCGGAGACUGAGUAUUUCGAAUGCCACGGUACGGGGACACCAGUUGGCGAUCCUCUUGAACUAAACGCUAUUGCUUCAACCCUUGGAGCAGCAAGGCGUACAGCUGGAAAGUCUCCUCUCUAUAUUGGGAGUAUCAAGCCUACUGUCGGCCAUACAGAGGGAUGUGCAGGCUUGGCAGGAGUUUUUAAGGCAAUUCUGCUACUUGAAAAAGGAAUGCUGGUUCCUACGUAUGGGGUAGAACAGGUAAAUCCCAAACUGAAGUUGACCGAGUGGAAUCUUGCCCUUCCUCAGGAUAUCGUCACAUGGCCCUCAGCAGGUUUGCGUCGUGUCAGUGUUAACUCAUUCGGAUUCGGCGGUGCUAACGCUCACAUUAUACUGGAAGAUGCUUACCAUUACCUCCAAGAAAGGGGCCUGGCUGGUAGGCACAACACAACCAUACAUGAUUCGGGCUCGGAUUCUGGCGUUGAUGAUGCACCGGUAAAUGGAGCCGUCCACGACGAAUCCAAACAAUUAUUUCUCUUCAGCAGCAAAGACCAGGCCGGGACUAAGCGUGUGUCAGAGGGCAUAAAUACGUGGCUACAAAGUGACUCAACGGAUAAAAGUUGCCCAUACUUCUUGGAGAACCUUGCAUACACACUCGCGCUGCGCCGCACACAUCUCGAACAUAGAACAUUUGCAGUUGCAAGUUCGCUAUCGGAGCUCACAAAGAAAAUAUCACAAGGAUUGCCGGCUGCAACUCGAGCACAGCGUCAUGGAGACAACCUUGUCAUGGUAUUUACUGGUCAAGGUGCGCAAUGGGCAGCGAUGGGACGGGGACUUUUUGAGAACCCCAUAUUCCGUCAAAGUAUUGAUGAUUCCCAGUCUCACCUCCAGGCUCUGGGCUGUAAGUGGAAUGCAAAUGAAGAGUUGACUAAGAUACCCAACCCAAACAUCGACCGUCCAGAAUAUAGCCAGCCCCUCUGCACAGUCGUUCAGGUUGCACUGGUCGACCUUCUUCGAUCCUGGAAGAUUUUACCUACAGCCACUAUCGGACACUCGAGCGGCGAGAUUGCUGCCGCCUACGCCGCCUCAUUUCUGACCCAAAGCGACGCCAUAAAGCUGGCCUAUGUCCGCGGCCUCAGCUCUGCCGCUAUCUCUAAGCAAGGUGCAAUGAUGGCUGCUGGGCUUUCCGAAGAUGAUGCUCAGAUAUACCUUGAGAAAGUCCCACAGGGGUCUGCGGUUGUGGCCUGCGUGAACAGCCCAUCAAGUGUGACGCUCUCUGGUGAUGUCGAUGCUAUAAACCAGCUGGAGGCUCUAAUUUCUAGUGACGGUAAAUUUGCCCGCAAACUGAAGGUCGCAACCGCGUACCACUCUCCUCACAUGCGCGAGGUUUCGCCAUCCUAUCUUGAAAUGAUUGGCGAAUUAUCACCGAGGCAGAGGGAUGAGUCGGACAGCAGUAGCCCAGUCAUGUAUUCGUCCCUUACGGGUUCCAUGGUUUCUUCUGCUGAAGAAUUGAGCGCCCAGUAUUGGGUCGACAAUAUGCAGAAUCCUGUGCGAUUCUCGCAGGGCUUUUUGGCAUUGCUGAAGCAUAAGAGAGUGGCCUCAGGCAGUACCCGCCCAGUAGCCAUACAUUGGGGAGGUUUCCUUGAGGUUGGCCCUCAUGCGGCUCUCAAAGGGCCUCUGCGACAGAUCAUUGAUGCGAGCAAUAACAAAUUCGCCAAGUCAGCACCUUACGCAUCCAUGCUCGUUCGUGGCAAAGAUGCAAGAGAGACGUCCUUGGACGCCACAGGAGUACUUUGGGCUGCAGGUUGCAAAAUUGAUAUGGGUGCAGUUACCCAGCACCCAACAGUCAAUACCACACCUCAGAUGCUUUGCGACUUACCCUCAUACCCCUGGAAUCAUACAAGAGGUUUCUGGCACGAAUCGUAUACGUCACGCUCUCAUCGGUUCCCUUCCCAUGAACGCAGUGACUUUCUGGGCAUACCGGAAGAUUCUCCAAAUAGCCAUGAGCCGCGGUGGAGAAACUACCUGCGUAUAUCGGAAAACCCAUGGAUUGAAGACCAUACAAUAACAGGAACCGUACUGUACCCAGGGGCCGGCAUGCUUGUAAUGGCCUUGGAAGGUGUCCUGCGCACUGCUGACAGCUCUAAGACUGUUGACGGUUUCCGAUUUAACGAUGUUAUGUUUGAACGUGGACUCGUGGUAUCUCUUGAUGACGGGUUGCCCGUGGAGACCCGCAUAAGUUUCCAUCCACACGGUAUAAAACCCGACUCGUGGACCUUCACGGUCUUCUCAAUGACCAAGGGCUCGCCGUGGGCAAAACACUGCUCUGGGACCGUUGCCCUUGUAUAUGAGAAGGAUGAAAGUGAAGUUGAAGAAGGCCGUGUCGAUCCAUUCUGGCAGAAACAAUUGGAUUUACGCAAGGCCCUGCUCUCUACAGCGGACUCCAUGGUUAUCAAUGUUGACGAAUUCUACAAAAAUCUGGACUCCAUCGGCAUGCAGUACGGUCCAGUCUUCCGUAAUGUGGUGUCCCUCACGUUAGUGCCGUCUAUGGGCGCUUCGCACGGAUCCAUAGCUGUUCCAGAUACCAGGUCUACAAUGCCCAAACAUUAUGAGCCGCCGCAUGUUAUUCACCCGGCAACCAUGGACUCUAUAUUCCACAUCAUGCUUGCUUCCCUUAAUAACGGUCAACCAGUGAAGCAAGCUGCGGUGCCUUAUAGCAUUGAAGAAAUGUACAUCGCCCGAGAUCAACCACAAGAGCCUGGAGCGCUCUACUCCGGCUAUGGUCGCUUGCUGUCACAGAGCGGCCAUGAGAUCGCCGCCGAGCUAUCUGUCUCUGAUCAAGAGUGGGAAAAACCAAAGCUUUCUAUUAAAAAUUUUGCUCUUCGUCAGGUUACGUCUGGGGACGACCGGGAAAUGGCUGGUUCCAUAUUGCCGGGGACCACCAAAAAUUGCGCGAGGAUCACUUGGAUUCCCGAUCUUGCUUUCGUGACUAGGGAUGAGGAUCAUACGAAGCUCGUAUCAUCUAGGGAGACGGCUGCUUUGAUCAACAGCUUGCUAGACCCGUUGUUCCUAAAGAUGUCGAGUAACACUGUACUCGUUGUAAUGUUCGAUGAGUCCAAAUCUAGCACCGAUCUUCUCCUUGAUUUAAAGAACAGAACAUAUGGACCCAAAAAGAUCAUAGCCCUCGCGACAUCCGAGUCGGGAGGCCAAUUGAUGCGAGCUACUCUUGGUGAAAGUACCGAGAAGACCACCAUCAUCUAUAACGAAUGGCUGCCGGAAAACGAACUUCUUCAGACACUGGCGCCAGAAGCUAACGAUCUUGUUAUCGGCUUGGGAGUCCCUGAUGUCUCGAAGAAUGCUACAACGCUCAUGAAGCUGGCUCCACUGGCGUGUCUUACCCAUGCCAGUCAGCCAGAUGAAGUUGACAUCGUUAUACCAGCCAGCAAGCUCGUUAGCCACUUUGUUGGGGAUACAACCGGCGUGCUGUUCGCAUCAAGCACGAGUUCACCCUCGGCUGUGCUACCUGACUCUGUUAUUCUUCUCUUGCCUAUAUCGCCGUCUGACACCCUUCGUACUUUUGCCACAACAAUCCAGGCUAAGCUUGAAAACUGCAGUGUGUCAGUCUCACAAAAAAUACUGACUCCCUGCGACGUGGCUUCACUUAGUGGGCAGUCUGUUAUUUCUCUCCUCGAGGUUGACAAUCCAUUAGUGUAUGCUUGGGACGAAGACCAAUUUCACGCCUUUAAGGCGCUCGUAUCCACAGUUGAACGUCUUUUCUGGAUUACCCACGGGAGCGUACUGGAAAGUUGGUCUAAUGGUAUUGAAUUUGCAACAAGCCAGGGUUUGCUACGAGUGCUGCGCAAUGAAUACCCAGUCACAAGCUUGCCAUCUCUAGAUCUGUCUGCAGCCGCCGAUAUUUCCAGUGGCCUAUAUGUAGAUUUGAUUCUCAACGUUUGGAGAGCGUCUCUUGCCGAGGACGCAGAAAUGGAAUACGCUGAAUCCAACGGCUUGAUUUACAUUCCUCGGGCCAUCGAGGAUGCCGGGUUCGACUACGAACUGCAAUUAGCAAGUAAUACCGCAAAGCCAGUUAUGUCUGCCCUGGGCGCUUCGGGGAAGCCACUGAAAGCGAGCGAUUCUCUCAACACCCAAGGUUGCAUCUGGGUCCCAGACAAAGAGGCGGAAUCAUCACUUCAAGCAGACGAAAUUGAGGUAAAAGUUGAGUACGCUGGACUUGGAACUAGCAAAACAUUGAGCUCUGCUCACCACGCUGUUGGUAUCGUUACUCGUCGAGCCGACUCAGCCAAGGCAUUUGAGCUUGGCCAGCGAGUCAUUGUUUUCUCCCACUCUGCCGCAAGGACUCAUGUCCGGCAAGCUCAGUCCCUGGUUGCCCCGUUGCCUGAAGGUCUUGGUCCGCAGGAGGCUGUUGCUCUUGUAGAGCCGAUGAUAACUGCGCAGUAUGCGCUUAUCGAAAUAGCCCAUCUAAAACGCGGCCAAGCAUUGCUGCUUGACAACGCAGCGAGUGCAGUUGGACAAUCCUUAAUACGAGCGGCCAAAGCUGUUGGAGCGAAUAUAUUUGCUUUAGUCCGCAGUAAAGCAGAGCGAGGGAUGAUAUCCGAUGUAUUUGGAAUCCCCACCGACCACAUCUUUGACUCUGCUUUGGACAGCUUUGUACCAUUCAUUCAAAGUAUCACAUACAACUGUGGCGUUGAUGUCGUUGUCAACCAACAAUCGGGGGCACAUAUCUCUAGAGCCAUGUCAGUCCUGAGUGAUUUUGGCCAAUUUGUCGACAUCAAUGGCGGAAGCACCAAAGCUCUCCUUCCGACCUCGAAAGCCAACUUUACUUUCACGCGUAUUGACAUGGCUACAUUGAUGCAAAGCAGACCAAGUAUUAUCAGCAAGCUAUUCCAGCGAGCAUUCAAUGAAUAUACUUUCCAGGAGCGUUCCCCACUAACAGUACUGCCGGUUACCAAUCUUUCGGCUUCAACGAACAAUACAUCGGCUGAACAAGUUGUCGUGUCUUUGACUGAUGCAAGUUCUGUACCCAUGCAUGCAACAUACCAGGAAUUGAAGCUUGACAGUCAAGCAACAUACGUACUGGCCGGUGGCUUGGGUGCACUUGGCUUAGAUAUUGCCAAUUGGAUGGUCGAAUGUGGUGCUAAGAACCUAGUUUUUCUAUCUCGAUCAGGCGGCUCAAAGAAUGAAGAUGAUCUGCAGAAGUUCGCUGAGCGUUCUGUACGUGCCGAAGCAUACAAAUGCAAUGUUAACGAUGCUGUCAGUGUUGCCCAAUUAUUUGACUCCCUCAAAGCCAGUGGCAGGAGAAUAGCCGGUGUGAUCCAAUUAGCCAUGGUACUCGAAGACGGCAUUUUCGAGAACAUGUCUUUCGCUCAGUGGCGUCGUGCGAUUGAACCCAAGACUAAAGGCUCACGAAACCUAUUGGCUAAUAUCUGGCCUGGCGAUAAACCGUUUUUCAUUUUGCUAUCGUCCAUUACUGGUGUUAUCGGCAAUACUGCGCAAGCAAACUACGCCUCUGGAAACACUUUUGAGGAUGCAUUAGCACAUCACGCUCGUGCUCAUCUCGGAAUUAACGCUACUAGCAUUGACGUCGGCUUGGUUUCUGAUUCCUCGCACUUUACGGCAGCUGGCGAAUUUGGUGAUCUCUCCAGCUACCUUAGCAGGUACCAGCACGGUUGGCGCGGCCUACAGACGAACCUUAAAGAACUUGGGGUCGUUAUGCAAGCUAUCAUGCGACGCUCUACUACAUUAGGACAGAGCGCGCCCGCUCAGAUAGUGCUGGGACUAGGUGACCGUAUUGAGCACAACGAGAGCGCUGGGGGUUUUUCGAAGGACAAGAAAUUCGAGCUCCGCGUCGUCAAAACCGGAAACGACGCCAGUGACGGCAAAGCGACGCAAGAUGUUGGUGUCCUCUUGUCCAAUGCGACGAGCAUGGCAGAGGCUGCUGUAGUUGUGGAAGAUAAUAUCAAGGAGCUGGUCGCUGCCGCCAUGGGUGUCCCCCCCGAGGAGAUAGAUUCUCAAAAACCUCUCUAUGACUAUGGUGUUGAUUCCUUACAGGCUGUCGAGGUUCGGAAUCGCGCCCUGAAAAACAUGCGGGGUGAUAUUUCGGUCUUUGACAUUCUGAGUGCUAUGCCGCUGGCCGGUGUAGCAGCCAAAAUUGCAGCCAGUAGUCAAUGGGUAAAUAUCACUGCCGACGAGGAUUGA